CUUACGCGCGGGCUAUAUAAGCGAAAAAUUGUUCAUACAUCGUUACACUCGUGUCUCAUUCAUACGGUGGACACUAGCACAAAAAAGGCACAUAUCAACGGAUAAGCCAUGACACGCUAGUGUUCCGUUGAUUAGUCGAUCGUCGUUGGUGUGUGACAGUGACAGGGUGUCGUACGGCUGAGAGACGUGCAUCAGCAGCUAACGCAGCUAGUUAAAUCCGGCUUUGACUUUCGUGGUAGCGGCGCAAGGACCUGCACAUGCAUCUGGCGUACGAAAUGCGCGCUCAAAGGAUCCCGCGCAUUUGUGCUGCAUUAUUAGCUUUGAUGAGCUGCGGCUGCUUGUGUUCCGGAUUUAGCCUACCCGUCGAGCAUGAAGACACAACAUUUUGGAUGAAAUCCGGUCAAGACACUUUGAGACGUAUCUUAUCUUUACAAAAUAACCGAAAUUCCGCUAAAAAUAUCAUUCUUUUCAUUGGAGAUGGUAUGGGAUUAUCUACUAUUACGUCUGGACGGAUAUAUGCAGGACAAAUGAAGGGUCAUUCUGGAGAGGAGUACAAACUCACUUUUGAGAAAUUCCCCAAUACUGGACUUGCUAAAACCUACAAUGUUGACAGGCAGGUACCAGAUUCAGCAGGUACUGCCACGGCAAUUUUCACAGGUGUCAAAGCUCAAUACAAAAUGCUAGGUCUCGACGGUAAGGUCAAGUACAACAUGUGUGAUAAAACCACGGUGGAAAAUAGCCACCUAACGUCGAUUGCUAGCUGGGCACAAGAAAGCGGCAUGGACACAGGCUUCGUAACAACGACGCGAGUGACGCAUGCGACUCCGGGUGCCCUGUACGCGCAUUCACCUAACCGCGAGUGGGAAUGUGACUCGAAGGUACCGCCUCAAUAUCGCGACUGUGUCAAGGACAUCGCCAGGCAACUCGUCGAAGAGUCUCCCGGUAACAAGUUCAAGGUGAUAAUGGGCGGUGGAGCUAGCACCUUAGGUUUCAAAUCUGAGUACCCGGACAGUCUGGCAUUGAAACGCUCGGAUGGGCGUCGGCUGUACGAGAGUUGGUUGCUCUCGGCACCUGAUUCCAAAAUCGUUACCAACACCGCAUCUCUCAUGUCCAUUGACAUUCACAACACGAGCAAAUUGAUGGGUCUAUUCGCUGAUGACCACCUGCCGUAUGCGGCGGUCAAGCCGAAUAACAUACCCAGUUUGGCAAACAUGACCUUUCAAGCUAUCAGAAUGCUCAAGAAGAACAAGAAGGGCUUUUUCCUUAUGGUGGAAGGUGGUAAGAUUGAUUUGGCUCACCACGAAAAUUAUGCACGACUGGCGCUACGCGAAGUAGCCGAACUGGAUGCUGCCGUAACGACAGCCAUACAAAACGUGAACGUCGACGAAACAUUGAUCAUCGUCACGGCUGAUCAUUCGCACGCGUUCACGAUGAACGGCUAUCCAGAACGCGGAAACAAUAUCCUCGGACUGACCAAUACCACCGGUGCUACUCAACGAUACGAAACUCUCAGUUAUGCCAAUGGACCUGGCUACGCUUAUCACAGAAUCAACGAUACCAGUGAUCCCAAGCAGACCUGGAGAGACUUAGACAACGAUAAGAAUAGAAACGAUACAUUCUACAGGCACUGGGCUGGUAGAUAUGUCAAGGAUGAAACGCACGGCGGUGAGGAUGUUGGAGUUUAUGCAAUAGGCCCUUACUCUCACCUGUUUCGCAGCACCUUCGAGCAAAACUACAUAGCCCAUGUUAUAGCCUACGCGGCUUGCUUCAAAGAUUGGCCAUCGCAUUGCGAUCACAACCGCUACUUCUACGAGAUUGCCGCUGAUAAUUCCGCCUUGCAGGCGACCACUUUGUCGAGUGUCACGAUCGCUUUCCUUGGACUUGUAAGCUACCUCGUUUAGACGACCAAUCCAUUACACGCGUACACCUGCGCAGCUUCUCGAACUGUCGCGUACUCGAUCAGUGCUGGCGGCAAUCAGUGUAUCGUUACGCAUGUCCAAUUGCUUAAACGGAUGCGCGUGCGAGUGUGAUAGACCGACGCGACAGGCAUGUAGUUUUACUUGCGGACCAGACGUUCUAGACAAUUUCAAAUAAAUAUACUUAACGAGGAAAAAGUUUCAACUAUUUAAAUUGAUGCGAUUGCCGUUGAAGUAUUGUUGCUACACUUUGUUGAUUUCAUCCGAAUACUUAGGUAUUACCGUUAAAGUAAUUUUACAAUCGGUUUCUAGGAAAUAACGAUAAAUUUUAAGAAUGCUGAUAAUGUUUACUUUUUAGUAUUAUGUAAAAACUUCAUUUUUUUUAGUUUACUGUAUAUAAUUAGAAUGAAUGUCAGUUUUAAAAGUACAAUCAACGUAAGCUAUUUAAAUAACUUCAGUUUUGCUACAACCUUGCGAAUAAUUGCGAAGAAUGCGCUAUCUCUAAAUCGUUACUGGUGAUUUUUACCAUUCAUUUUACAACUUUUGAAAAUUACUUUAGAAAGUGGUGAAAGUGGAGAUUUUUAUUAUCAAGGCAGCACGAAAUAUUUUCUCGAUCGUUUAUUUCGAAUCCGAAACAACGGUAUUAUAUAUAACAAUAACUUUGUAAUGUUCACUAUUGACGAAAAUAUACAGCAAUGAAAAUUAAAAAAUUCAUUAAUGAAAGCAAAAACAACAAAUAU